ACGCAAGCAAAUACCUGGCCCGUAGCACAUUAUGAAAAUAAAAGCACUUUCUAGAUCCGCUGCGGCGUUGCAGGAGCCAGGCUCAAAUACCUCUAAGCUCCCUCGAAAUCUCGAUCCCGCACAGCAUCCCUUCGAGAGAGCUCGGGAGUAUACAAGGGCCCUCAAUGCCACAAAGCUUGAACGCAUGUUCGCCGCGCCCUUUGUGGCACAAUUAGGCAAUGGACAUGUGGAUGGUGUAUAUUGCUUAGCGAAAGACCCAGUGUCGCUUGAACGUUUCGCCAGCGGAAGUGGUGAUGGAGUUGUCAAGGUCUGGGAUCUGGCGACGCGGGAUGAGAUAUGGCAUGCUCCGGCACACGAGAACAUCGUCAAGGGCAUGUGUUGGACGUCAGAUAGUAAACUACUCUCAUGCGCAGCCGACAAAACAAUCAAACUAUUCGAUCCCUACGGUUCUGCAUCUGAGACCCCUCCGCUCGCAACGUAUUUUGGGCAAUCUGCAUUCACCGGUGUUUCUCACCACGAAACCCACCCCUCAUUUGCCGCAUCCUCGUCCGUAAUUUCCAUAUACGAUUUAUCCCGUCCAUCCUCCACACCCUCUCAAACCCUCCACUGGCCCACGAACACUGACACAAUCACCGCCCUCGCCUUUAACCGGACGGAAACGUCCAUUCUCGGCUCCACGGCCACUGACCGAUCGAUCAUACUGUAUGAUCUCCGCACCUCAUCUCCGGUUACGAAAAUGAUUCUCAAACUUGCGUCAAAUGCGAUAUCCUGGAACCCGAUGGAAGCUUUUAACUUUGCCGUUGCCAAUGAGGACCAUAACAUAUAUAUAUUCGAUAUGAGGAAGAUGGACCGCGCGUUGAACGUGCUGAAAGACCAUGUUGCAGCUGUCAUGGAUGUUGAGUUUAGUCCGACGGGAGAAGGCUUAGUUAGUGCCUCAUAUGACCGCACUGUGCGAUUGUGGGAUCGGAGCAAGGGCCACUCGAGGGAUAUUUAUCACACCAAACGAAUGCAAAGGGUAUUCUCCGCAAAAUUCACACCAGAUAACAAAUACAUUCUUUCUGGCUCAGACGACGGCAACGUUCGUCUCUGGCGCGCCGAGGCAUCUUCGCGAAGCGGCAUUAAGAGUGCGCGGGAGAGACAAAAACUCGCGUAUGAUGAGGCACUUAAGCAGCGGUAUGCGCAUAUGCCAGAGAUUCGCCGCAUUAAGCGUCACCGCCACCUACCCAAGGCUAUUAAAAAGGCCGGGGAGAUCAAGGCCGAGGAGAUUGCUGCUAUUAAGAGAAGAGAAGAAAAUCUACGCAAGCAUACUAAGAAGAAAGGCACAAUGCCGAGGCGUAGUGAAAGAGAAAAGAUGAUUUUGGCUAAGGAGCAGUAAACCGUACGGGGUUCUCGCACUGGCGCAAGGGACUUGGGCGUUUGGUGUUUGGUUCGUUAGUUUCUUUCUUUCUUGUUUAUUUUUUUUCCUCGGCGCGCCAAUAACCAGGUUACGUUCAACGAAAUGACUCUGUGGACACGAAGAUUAAUUAUUUAAAAGAGCGAUGGCCACUAGCACGAUGUGGCAGGGCAGGGUUACGGAUAGAAAGAACUGAAACGAGUCGAUUGUUCUCCAUCUAUGGAAACGAUUGAAAGUCUAUCGGCUGAAAUUAAAACCUGCUCACCAGGAGCGGACUGACAUUAUUAUCGUUACUUUAUCCCGCGAACCCUACAUAUGCAUGUACGCAUGAAGCUCCUUUCCUCGGGGGGGCAUGCUAGCACACCCAUGCAGAACCUAUUUCACAUCCCUAUCGCCACUUUCUAUCCUUCCACCUCCCUCCCCUCCUCCUCCUUCGCCAACGGAAUUGACAUGGACGAAGUGACAGCCUUCCUGUCAACUGCCCUAUCAAUCCCACUCAUAUACCUCGCCAGCCGUUGAAUGGCUACAGGUAAUAUCGCAUACCAACUAACCAGCGUCGCAUAAGCCGGUAGCCUAAUAACCCCACCGUUCCCACUAUCAACUGCCGCGACAAUGUCUCGUGCAACCUGCACAGGUUCCAAGACAGGCGCAAAGAAAUUAUUCGGAGUCUGCACGUCGUCAAAGAGUGGCGUGGCCAUCUGGCCCGUCUCGACUAGAAGCAUUUUUACCCGCUCAUUGUCGCCUGAGGUGCGCAGCUCGGCCUCAACGGUUUUGUGCACGGCGCCAAUGGCUGCCUUCGUGGCUGAGUAGUCUGAGAGGCCGGCCGGGGUAAGGUAGCUGCACACGGAACUUAGAGUGACGAUUGUACCGCCGGUGGGAGAAGUCAGCAUUCCCGGGAGGAAUUGCUGAAGGGUAUUGAAGCAGGAGAAAAGGUUUGCGUGGAUGGUUCUUGAGAUGUCGGCGGGGGAGAGGGAUGUUAUCGACAUGCCGUUGAUGGGGGCAGCAAUGCAGUUUAUGAGAAUCGUCGGGGUUCCAAGCUAGUAGUUUUCAAUUUAAAAUUAGCAUUAAUCCCAGUAUAUUUAAAACAAAUGGAUACAUCGCAAUCCCUUCAGUAGCACACAAUUGAACAAGAGCCCCAAAACACCCCCGUUGAACGUCAACGUAGCAGACAUGGGAGAACAACAUACCUCUUUUUCAAUCACUUGCCGAACCCUCUUCACCUCCGCCAAAUUACCCACAUCACACUUGAAAUACCUAACGCUAUGCACCUCCUCCCACUCUUCCAUUCCUCGCUCUUCGCCCUCCCCUUUCCCUUCCCCUUGACCCUCCGCUCCAAGAUCCCGCACAUCCAACACCGCCACAUCCACCCCCCGCAUCCCAUAUAUCUCCGCAACCAACAGGCCUAACCCACUCGCACCUCCCGCCACAACCACAACCUCAUCCUCCAACGACACCUCCCUCGGCAACCCAUAAGCAACUCGCUUGUUCACGAUAUUCAACAACAGCGCGAAUGAAAGGAGCGCGGCAUAGGCUGUUGUGACGAUGAAGGAAGUGUGGGAGUAUGGGGUCGCUUGGGCGCGGAGGCAGAGGGGGAUGAGCCAGGCUAUGAAAGGGUGGAAGAUCGUUCUGUGCAGGACGCGGAGGAUGAGGUCGAGAUUUAGGGCAUCGAUCCAGCGAGGGUUUGGGCGGGAAGUGGUCGUUGAGCGAAGGGGUGUGGAGGAAGGCGACGGCGAGGAGGAUUUGGAGCGGCGCCGGUUCAUGGUUUUGAUAGGUGACGCAGUUUGAGUCAAUGUGAAUUGAGGUUCUGAUUAAGGUUGCGAAUGGGAUUUUGUUAAUCCUUGAAUUGGCGAUGGAGGAGUAGGUCGCAUAGGGGACUUCAGGGUUUGAGAUGAGUGAAGCAAAUAAUUAAUUGAGCGCUCUGGACAGGGGUGCCGUUUAGAGAUCCUUUCGAAUUAUUUGUUUACACGAAAGAAAAAGACACGGAUUGUAAGUAUAGGUAGACUUUUCCCGGGCGUUACGAAGAUGGAAUGAAUGAUUAUUCUGACGCUCGCCGGGUUUCAGAGUGACGUGACAUCACUAGCAGCAGCACUUAUUCCCCGAUUCCCACUGACAAAGCACUGCAUGUACAGCACCAUUCGGACAUUUUUAAUUUAUCCAGCAUAUCUGUAAUCCAUGGAGUUACACCACGGUAUUUUUAUAAUAUGUUGAGGGUCGUCGGACGAAAACUACGUGCGUUUGGAAUUAUUCGCCUCAGUGUAAGGGUUUUAUAUACUGACUGGUCGUGGAUUUCGUAGCAACAGAACAUUAUAGUAUACCAAAGAGACUCAAAGC